AUGGGGUUGAUGAGCGCUAAAAGAGCGUACAAUUGGUACAUAUCUCUAGUUGCAGCAUCAUGUAUGGUCCUUUAUGGCUAUGAUGCAUCCGUUUUCAACUCCGUUCAAGGCUCCAAGAACUGGUUAGCAUGGAUGAACAACCCGAACGCAAAUACGAUCGGUGCAAUCAACACAGCAUACACAGUUGGGGCUAUCUUUGGUGGAUUCUUUCUUGGCGGCCCAUGUGCAGACUUCUUGGGCCGCAAGAUGGGAAUGGGAAUUGGCUGUGUUUUAGUCAUUGUCGCUACCUUCAUGCAAACAUUCACACCUCGCCACAACCUGGCUUGCUUCCUUGCAGGCCGGUGCAUCAUUGGUAUUGGUCAGGGUAUUGCAUUAACCGCCGGCCCCAUCUACAUUGGCGAACUCGCGCCUGCUGAGAUCCGCGGCAAGAUCAUGACUUUCUGGCAGAUGUUCUAUUCUGUAGGAUCUUUCAUCUGUUUCUGGAUCAACUUUGCUUGCACCAAGCAUGUUGCCAGACUAGGUGAGUGGGAUUGGAAGAUGGUUGUGGUCUUCCAACUCCUUGUCCCGGUCAUGAUCCUCGCCCUCCUGCCUACUGUCCCCGAAAGUCCUCGCUGGUAUGUGAAGAAAGGAAACCGCAUCGAGAAGGCCCGUGCCGCUCUUCAAAAGGUCCGCGACACCGAAGAAGAGGUAGAGCAAGAGCUCCUCGAGAUUCGCGAAGCCAUCGAAUACGAGAAAGAAGCUAUCUCCGGCAACUACUCUGCUCUCUGGAAGGACAAAUCUCUCCGCAAGCGCAUGGCUUUGGCACUCGUUCUUAAUGCCGGCCAGCAGGUUACUGGACAAGGCUCCCUCAACUCAUACUCGACCAAGAUCUACAAGAAGGUGUUCACUAGCGACAGCCAGAUUGCACUCAUCAACGCUCUCAACGCCACAUUUGGUAUUCUUUUCACUCUUAAUGCCGUCUGGAUUAUUGAUCGAUUCGGAAGAAAAUUCCUUUUGAUCGUCGGUGGCAUCGGCAUGGGUCUCUGCAUGAUCAUCGUUUCUGCUGUCGAGACCGAAACGCCAGUACUUGCCAACGGCGCCAAGUCAGAACCUGUUGGUAUAUCGAUUGUGUUCUUACUAUUCUUAUUCAUCUUCUUCUACAAACCAUCCUGGGGGGCAACUGUGUGGAUUUGGACAUCCGAAAUCUUUUCCAUGAACGUCCGCGCCCAGGCCGUGGGCAUGGCAUCACAGACACAAAACGUCGCCAACGCUAUUGUCCAACAGUUUUUCCCUAUCUUCCUGGACAAUGAGGGCUUCUACGCCUUCUACAUGUUUGCCGGAAUCAAUUUCUUGCUUGCUGUAUUUGUUUUCUUCCUGAUCCCCGAGACCAAGCAGGUUCCUUUGGAGGAGAUCGAUAUUCUGUUUGGUGGUACCAAUCAUGUUGCCCAGGGAGAAGAGGUGUUGGCUCAACAAAAGGAGAUGAGGAUGAACGAUGAGACUAGUGAAAAGCCUGGUGCUGUCACAGUUGAACAUGUUGGGGGAAAUAAAUCGCCACAUGGCGGCAACUCCGGCAUAUAG